UUACAGAAGCAGGUACAGCAGAAAAAUACAAUUAUUUAUGUCCUUGGCUAGCUAGAUCGUUGCUUUUGUACUAGCUAAUAUAUGCAUUUUUAUGCAAUUGCGUGGAACUUGUUUGACGCCUCAAAAUCUAAAAUGACAAGGCGAACAUAAUGAGAUGUGAACCUGAAGAGUCAUCCCAGCUCAGGCACGCUGGAAGAUAACAUACCAAUUGGAACCAGAGAGGUACAGUCUGGUGCUUCCUCUGCUAUGAGCUACAUCAUGGACCCAUCAUCCAGAGACUGGAGCAAAGGCUCAUUGAAGGGUAGCAGUGCUCCCUUCUCCCCAGACACAGAUGGAGAUCCUGUGGAGCUCAGUGUGGAGGACCUGGAACUCGCUCGUAAGAAGAAGGAGCUGAAGGUCAUAGAGGAAAAGAUAGCUCACAAGAAAGCUGUUCUUGCUCUGCAAAAAGUUAAACGCGGAGCUAAGGACAUGCCUGAAACACAGGCUGCAUCCACAACAGUGAAGGGCAUCUCUAAACAGACCAAGAUCAACAAUACAAUAUUCAAAACAUACAACCAUGUCACCGACAAGUCGUCACGCGUAUGCCUACCUCUUAAACAGAGGGUGCUGGACAUUCUGAGUAAGUUCAGAAGAACAGCGGUACGGUGCAUGCAUAAGCCGAAGAAACAAAACAAGAUGCGAGCAUUGGAGCUGAUGAUUAGCGCUCCCCUAGAAAAUGAAGAGGCCCAUCCUUUGAGACUGAGAGUGAAGGUUUUAAUGAACCAACGACGCUCUCCCAACAAUAAGGUGGUCCCUAAUGAUAAACAACAUAAUCCAACCAUUCAGAGGCCAGUUCACUCACUCAGGACACAGGAGAAAGACAUAGCAGCCACAGGUUUCCAGCGCUUCCUCAAUGUCCUCAAUGAAGGUGUGGACAUCAACAAGCUCUCAAAGAUCGUCAACGAUGAAAAUGAGUUACUCAUUGUGGGCGAGGAGCUACCGCAAGUUUUGCCGACUCUGCUCGAGGGUCAUGUUGAUUCCAGCAGUAGAUCCAAGUCUUCUCCAGUUGAGGAGAAGGUGAGGCUUGAGGAUGAGCAGCGGUACGAGCGGAUGCAGACCCUGCUGGAGAUCGUUGGGCUGGACUUGGGGGUUGAGGAGUUGGGUCGGCUGACAGACAGGACCAAUGAUAGGCUGUAUGGGAAGAUGGGAGACUUGAAAAUGAAGGAGUUUGAGAAUGAGAAGGAAAAAGAGAAAAAGGAGAGCGAGCCCUUAUUUAAACAUCUCAGUACUUCCUCAUUACCAUCAGACAGCGCCAGCCCUAGCCCCCUUCUAAACCAGCACUCAAACAUGACCGUUGAAUACAGCAGCUCUAGUAACAAGGAAUGGGACAAAGAGAGACACAGGGACAGAUCUGAGAGGGACUGGCACCGACACUCUGGUACCAGAGACAAGGACAGAGAGAGGGAGGAGGAUAUAGUCAGAGAAAUGGAGAGAUCUGAAAGAGAUGGAGAGAGAGAUGGGCACAGAGACCGGGACAGAGAGGACAGAGAGGACAGAGCCAGAGAAGGGGAAAGUUCUACGAGAGAGAGAUCCGGGCCAAGAUGCUCUAGUACCAGAGACAAGGACAGAGUCAGAGAAAGGGACAGAUCUGAGAGAAACCGAAAGGGAGACGGGCACAGACACUCUAGUACCAGAGAGAGAGACAAGGACAUACCGGUAGUCAGAGAAACGAACAGAUCAGAAAGGAACAGAGAUAAAGACAGGGACAGAGACCCAGAGAAGGACUGGGAUGGAGGCCGAGAGAGAGACCGGGACAGAUCUAGGAGAGACGGGGGCAGAUACAGAUCUGAGAGAGACAGGGACAGAGACCCAGAGAAAGACUGUGACGGAGGCUGCGAGAGAGACCGGGACAGAUCUGGAAGAGACAGGGACCCAGAGAAAGGCAGGGACGGAGGCCGGGAGAAAGACCGGGACAGAGUGAGAGACCGGGACAAAUACAGAUCUGAGAGAGACAGAAACCGAGAGAUAGACAAGGAUAUAGAAAGGUGGCUGCAAAGGACCAGAGACCGAGACAAAUGCCCCGCCAGAGACUGGGACAGCGAGAGCGACUGGGACAGCCACUCUAGUACUCGAGACUGGGACAGAGCGAGAUCUGAGAGGGAUAUGUAUGAGGAUGAGUCCAGGGAAAACUCCAUUGAGCACUACUCAUACUCUAUGGACCCUAUAUACCCUGUUUCUCAUCCUCAUGCAUUUAUGAUGGCAAACUACUCCACCAACCAGUACUCUCAGUAUAUGACAUACCACAGCAGUCCCUACACCAUCGCCUUCCCUCCAGGGUGGGGUUAUCCCCCUGGUGCCAUGCCCGCUGGUGCCAUGCCCCCUGGUAACAUGCCGCCUGGUACCAUGCUUCCUGGUAUUAUGCUCCCUGUUACCAUGCCACCUGAAAUCAUGCCAGCUGGUGCCAUGCUGCCUAGUAACAAGCCCCUCCUACCUAACCCCCCUGGGUAUCCAGCCUACCCCAGCGCCCCCCCAUAUUACUCUUAUGGCACCGCAGCCUUAAACCAGACAUACUCAUACACCCAGCCUGCUAGCAACCUCCAGCUCACAUCUACCCAGCCUGCUAGCAACCUCCAGCUCUCAUCUACCCAACCUGCUAGCAACCUCCAGCUCUCAUCUACCCAACCUGCUAGCAACCUCCAGCUCUCAUCUACCCAACCUGCUAGCAACCUCCAGCUCUCAUCUACCCAGCCUGCUACUAGCAACCUCCAGCUCUCAUCUACCCAGCCUGCUACUAGCAACCUCCAUCUCUCAUCUACCCAGCCUGCCAGCACUGCAGCAGUCUUGCCCCUCCUACGUAACCCCCCCAUUUGUCAGAAGAAACUAGCUCCCUGGUAUAAAGAACAUAACAAAGCCCUGAGGCAAGUUUCCAGACAAAUGGAACGGAAAUGGCGCUCCACCAAAUUGGAAGUCUUCCGACUAGCUUGGGAAGACAGUAAAGCGCAAUAUCGAAAAGCCCUCAAUGCUGCCCGAUCAGCCUACUUUUCCAACCAGAUUGAGGAGAAUAAAAACAAUCCAAAAUGUAUUUUUGAUACUGUUGAAAAGCUAACUGAAAAGCAACAUUCCCCAAGUGAGGAUGGCCUUCACUUCACCUAAGCAGUUACAUCCUGCUGGUUGGCCCUUUCUGGGGGUAUCUUCAGACUGGGCCACAUUGUCUAAGCACUGAGUUCUGUCUAAGCGCGUUGUGACAUUUACUGAUGAAAAAGGGCUUUAUAAAUAAAUUCAGUUGAUUGGUUGAUCUUAACUCAGAGAUACACAUACACCCAGCCCUCUAGCAACUGCGAGGGAAAGAGACAGAAGCAUGCAGAAGCCGUAGCGAAAGUGAAAAGAAUAAACAUGGAAGAGACAGAAACAUGCAGAAGAUGUAGUGAAAGUGUCCUGUCAGAUGGUGACAAAGAAGUCCCCCUCUGAACCAGGGUGAAUGAAGAAAGCAAAGGGGGUAAACAAUAUAUUCUUCACAGGUAUUUUCAUGAAGAGUUAUCAUAAUUUUCAAAGGAAGUGUAUGUGUAAGAGGAAAUGGCAUUUGAAGAGGAGGAAUAAGGCUCACCAGCACAAAAUAAAGUGAUUGCUUGCAGAAGCAACAGGGAAAGUGGCUCGCUCCUCAGGUGGCUGUAAAGGAUUUCCCCUUUGGAGAGGAGCCCAAGAUCCAGAAGGAGUAGCAAUGAUAGAUGGGGAGAAACUACAUGCUGAGACUGUAGAAGAAGUGGUCCCUAAGAAGCUAAAUUUGUCAUGACACUAGCAAAGGAUUUGUUAUAGUUUAACUUCUUCAUGUUGAAGCUAUUUUCAGUGUAAUGUUUUGUAUUGUAUGUGGUAUGGGUAGGGCCAGCGUUUUUUCUUUACUAUUAUAUCUGCUCAGCAAAUGCAUUUUCUCUCCCGUUAUAAACCAAAUAAUAAGGGCAUGGAGUUUACAUGGUCUGGUCAUGUGGUCAGGAAAGAAACCCUGGCCCUGGGCAUAGUACAUGUGUGUAAAUGCAAUGAAAAGACCAUUGAUUACAUGUUUGUAAGUUCUCAUGCCUGAUGGCUGAAAGCAAAAAAACUGCCCAUGUUUCAUUCCCCACUUCAGUCUAUAGAUCACUUUUACUUUGUAUAUAUUUAAUUGAAUAAAAGAUUGU